GACAUUUUGUUAGUAUUUCUACUCUUGACAUGUUAAAACCCUUUGUCACAUUAGGCUAAGAACUCAAUAAUAUACCUUAUGGAGUCUGUUGAUAUUGCAGGAUCCAGUAACAUUGUUGCAAAGACUUUUACAUUCGAGGAAUUAGCCAAUGUAACCAGAAACUUUCGAGAUGAUUGUCUUCUAGGAGAAGGAAGCAGUAGAAGAGUAUACAAGGGGCACCUUGACGAACAGGUUGUUGCAAUCAAGCAGGUUGAUCAAAAUGGCAGCAGGAAAUUUCUUGUUGAAGUGCUGAUGCUAAAUCUGUUACACCAUCCUAAUAUUGUAAAUCUAAUCGGCUACUGUGCUGACGGAGAUCAUAGACUUCUGGUUUACAAUUACAUGCCGCUAGGAUCAUUGAAAGACUAUCUUCAUGAUCCUUCACCUGGUAAGAAACAACUUGAUUGGGACACUAGAAUGAAAAUUGCCAUUGAAGUAGCAAAGGGAUUGGAAUUCUUACAUGAUAUAGCACAGCCACCUGUAAUACACCGUAAUAUCAACUGCUCUAACAUCUUGCUUGAUGAGGGAUAUCAAGCCAAGCUAUCUGGUUUUAGCUUGGCCAAACUAGGACCUAUGGGAAGCAAACGCCAUGUACAUGUGAAAUUCGAGGGUACGAUUGGGUAUAGUGCACCUGAGUAUGUCAUGACCAGUGAGUUGAGUGUAAAGUCCGAUAUUUACAGCUUUGGAGUUGUCCUUCUGGAGAUCCUUACUGGGAGAAAAGCAAUAGAAAAUUCAACAGAUGGAGAAGAGUACAAUCUGGUUGAAUGGGCAAGACACUUGAUAAAAGAUCAGAAAUUCUCAGAAAUGGCAGAUCCAACGCUUCAAGGCAAUUAUCCAGCAAAAGGUUUACAACAAGCUCUUACAGUCGCAGGAAUGUGUGUUCAAGAGCAACCUACCAAACGUCCCGCCAUAGCAGAUGUGAUCACAUUUUUUACUCACAUUGCUUCAGGAAAAUAUGGUUCAAAACUCAACCUAAACAUCUCCUAAUGCUCGUCCAGUCUUCUUCUGAGAUUUAGUUGGUGUUUACGUAAAUUUUAUACGAUCUUCAGACAAGACAAGGGUCUCCCUCCACAAUAAAUGAGGUAAUUAAUGCGUAAUUAGUGAUUGCAAGUUAGGAUAGAAGAAGCUGAACUAGCACAAGCAUUUCAUCAAAAUUUUGUUGAGACAAUGAAGAUAGUAGCAAAGCUUUUUAUCCUCAAUAGUCAUUAUUUUAUGAACUA